AUGCCAGGAAUAUAUGCUCGGGCUAUCGGCGCUGCUGUUGUGGUCAUCGAACAUCGCUACUUCGGAGGAUCAUCACCAUAUGACGGACUGAAUGCUGAGACUCUCCAAUAUCUGACUUUGGAGCAAGCCGCUCUGGACUUGGUCAACUUUGCACAGAAUAUCAAGUUCCGUUUCGACUCUAACCAAAGUAGUAUAGCUUCAAAGGCGCCAUGGGUCUACUAUGGUGCAAGCUAUUCAGCAACUCUCGGAAACUGGCUAGAGCGUUUUCAUCAGGGAGUCUUCCAUGCUUACCAUCUCAGUAGUGCUACAAUAGAGGCAACUGCUGACAACUGGUACUACUAUGACACUAUCCGGAAGGGCAUUGACUCGUAUCGGAAGGACACGAGCUGCAGCUCGACACUGAACGAGAUAGUUGACUAUGUUGACAGCUUCUUACUAUCACCUGACAGGAACGAGACCAAGGUUAAGGCACUUAAGCAAUAUUUUGGCGCCCUCUAUCCAAUCUAUCCCAUUGAUGAUGACGAUUUUGCCUAUGCUCUGGCAACCCCAUUCCAUUACUGGGAAGAGACAAAUGGUUACCGAGAGAUUCUCGACCUUUGCAACGUCGUAGUCGAUUCAUGGGAAUCCGAAGAGCACGAUAUCUUGGGCACAAUCCCUGCCUCAGUGGUCAACUUUGCUGCCUACUGGCGCAUGAACUUCCGUGAUUCAAACCCCCUCAACCCCUUUUACACCGCACGCACCUUGGGCAACCCCUGGCGCACGCGCCUGUGGUUCCUGUGCAACGAGCCUCUCGCCUCGUGGGGUGUUGCGGCUCCUGAAAACCAGCCGACGAUCGUAUCACGGAAGAUCGACGCUGAAUACUUCCUUCGUCAGUGUGAAAGGCAUUUCCCUGCUAUCAACGGAAAGCAAUACGGUAGUAGCAAGGGGAAGACACCACAAAGUUUGAACGAACUUACCGGAGGGUGGUCAAAGGCUGGGAGGAGGGUGAUCUAUACCAGCGGUGAGUUUGACCCAUGGAGAGGCGUCGGCAUGGCCAGUGAAGUCCGUCCUGGAGGACCGCUUAGGUCCUCAGAUGAUGUUGCUGUGUUUGUCAUUAAGGGUGCACAAUUCGCUGCUGACAGGCUGUCUGCCCGUGGUAUGAACAAUCUUGGCUUGCCUGCCAACCAAGAGGUUGUCAAAGUGCAAGAGGCUGCCGUUGAGAUCUUAAAGGGAUGGCUCGACGACUGGAAAGCAACAAGCAAGCGAUGA